AUGUCGUCGGCAGUGUUUAUGAAGAUAUUUCAACAAGCAGAAAAAACCUUUUCAAAUCGUAAUCGCGAUUGCUACAAGGCUAAUUUUGCAGUAUUAAAGAAAUUAGUUGAUAAAUUAGUCUAUAGUGAUUUGAAAUUAAAUCCAUUCUUAUUCAGCCAGAAAGCAUUUAAAGUGAAGACGUUUUCGUUCCGUUUAUCGUCAUUUCAGAAUAAAGCACCAUGCACAUUUGUAAAUAUUUAUGAGAAACUAGAUUCACCUUUUUCCAUGUCGAUAUUUAUAAUCGAUGAAAAUUAUAAAAUGCCAUUACAUGAUCAUCCAAAUAUGACAGGAAUAUUAAAAGUGAUUUCUGGAAAGUUAAAAGCUGAGUGCUAUACACAAAUCACGACUGAUAAAGAGAAUGGACUUUUAGAGAAAAUUGUGCAAGUUGAACAACCAAAGAUACUAACUGAGACAAGCGAGGCAGCUGUUUUAUAUCCAGAUAAUUGCAAUUAUCAUGAAUUAACGGCCCUGGAGGGUCCAGCAGCAUUUUUUGAUAUUUUAUCACCCCCAUACUCUGAUAUAAGUGACUCAUCACCAAAUGCACGGCAUUGUUCCUUCUUUAAAAAAGAAAAAAUUAUGGUUGAUAAUAGUGGAUUAAAUCCAACAGUUAAAUUAACUCAAAUUCCCGUACCCGAUCAUUAUUAUUGUGAUUCUGUCUACUACGAGCAGCCUGACUUUAUGCGAUAA